AACGGCUUCUGUUGCUAGACAGAUCCACCUGAAUUGCCUAAUUCAACUUGCCACGUGGUUUAAUGAUCCUAACUUGACUGUCUUCAGUCUCCCUCGUAUAAAUAUUCUCUUAUGUUACCAUCAUUUAGUUGACUAGACAGCUAACCAUGUCCGUGACUCGAAACGGCGCCGAUAUAGCCACCAACAUUUCCGCUAGAACUCUCAGCGAAAUAUCGGCGAUCGACACGGUGCGUCUCUCUUUCGAUCUUGUAUCGGCUGCUAGACGCAAUAUUGGCUUCUUGAGAGCAGUGAGUGAGUCCCAAUGGCUGCAUGACACAGCAACUGUUGUUGAAGCUAUACGAAGGUAUGAUGAGCUCUGGAUGCCGAUGAUUUCUGAUCUGAUGGUGGGGUCAACGCCUCCUAUGGUGCUUCCUCCUUUUGAUAUUGAGUGGGUUUGGUUCUGUCACACCUUGAAUCCGGUCAGUUACAGGCAAUACUGUGAGGCAAGGUUCUCAAAACUCAUAGGCAAGCCAGCCAUUUUUGAUCAGGAAAAUGAAGAUUACGCAUUAAUGAGAUGCAAGGAGCUUUGGAUGCGUCGAUAUCCAACUGAGUGUUUCGAGAAUGAAAUUGAUUCGGGUUUACAAUCAGACUCGGUUGUUAAAAACGAAGAUCUAUUCAAUGCAGUUAAGAAACAGAGAUUUCUGUAUAGUAAGUUUUCAUGGCCAUACAUGAGUGAACUGGUGUACUUGAUAGCGGCCAGACAAAGGUACAAGGGAUUCUUGUAUGUGUUGCAGAGAUUCACAGAUGGGUGUUUUCGUAUAGUGCCUACUUUGGAUAUCUUGUUAAUGUGGAUGACACACCAAAGUUAUCCAACUGUUUAUGCUGAGGAUAUGAAGGAGAUGGAGGUUGAGAUACUGGGGAAGAUUGUGGGAAUGUGGGAGACUGUGCAAGAAAAAGAGGUGCAAGAGACAAAGGAGGUAUGGGAAAAAGCAUUUGAUCAACCUUAUGAAAAAGCUGGUGGGACCAUAGAUUUUCAUGGGCUUGCCCCAGUUCAGCCGCCAGUUUACUGGGAGGUCUCUGAUACAGAUGUCAAUACCAAAUACAAGUCCUUGCUACCAAGGUUUCUACUGCAGGUAUUUAUUUUUGUUUGGCUCAAAUCUAGAACAGCUGUGAAGGCAGUGCCAGAUGAUAAAAAGCACAACUUUCUGCGUCUGCGAAUGUUAAGAUGCCACAGGGAGCUGAAGAUUGAUAAACCCAUUUCCAGUUUCUCCUUGGAUUCAUGGAAAAAGGCUUCUCAACUCUAUUGUGAGUUUGGCACAAGAGGAUUAAUACUAGAGCUUCAAAAACAUGGUGGUGGGUGCUUCAAUACAAACAAAUCAGAAGACACUGCUACAUUUCUUUGGAAUGAUUUACUAAGAGCACAUUCUCAUACUGUGGAAAGAGAACUUAAUAAACAGAUGAGGGUUGUUGCUUCAAUAACCCCGCCAGUUCAAGCACCAUACUUAUUGAAAUGUGUUCCAGACAGAGUCACAGAUGAUUCAGGUGCUAUGAUAUCGGAUGUGAUUCUAAGAAUGAAUCAUUACAAGCCUCAAGAUGGUCGGUGGCUAUCUCGUACUGUUCUUGAUCAUGCAGGGAGAGAGUGCUUUGUAGUUCGAAUAAGAGUGGGAGGAGGGUUUUGGAGGAGAGGAGGUGAAACCCCAUCAGCUGUGAAAUGGGAAGAUAGGAUCAUAGAGGUACGGGAAGGUUCUUGGUCAUAUGUGGCUGGUUCGAUUGGUAGAGCACCUGAGAAAGUAGUAGCAACUGCGACACCGAAAGAGCCUCCUAAAAACUGUCAAGCAUCUUGGUGUUUCUCUACAGGAGAAGAAUUUUUAGUAAGUUGGCAAUCACCAUCAACAUCAUUGUGUGACCUGAGGUUUUGUUUACUGAAUCAAACAACUCCAGAUUCGACGAUGAAAUUGUUUAAAGGGAGGAAAUUGCAAUAUCAAGUUAGGAAAACUAGAUCAGAAGACAAGGAAAUAAGUAAUGAUGAAGAGGAAGGCUUUGUGACGCUUGUUCGGUUCACAGAAGAUAACCCAACUAGAAGAGCAACAGCUCUUCUCAAUUGGAAGCUACUGAUAGUUGAAAUAUUGCCUGAAGAGGAUGCAGUUUUGGCAAUUCUGAUAUGCAUUUCAAUCCUAAGAAGUGUAUCAGAAAUGAGAAAGGAGGAUGUGGGAAGCUUGCUGAUAAGAAGAAGAAUAAAAGAAGCAAAACUUGGAACUAGAGAUUGGGGUUCUGUGAUACUUCAUCCUUCUUCAUGUUCAUCAUCAAUUUCUUCACCUUAUCUUCAGCCCUGGUAUUGGAAUCCCAAAGCUGUGAUUACAUCAGAUAGAGGGCCUAAUGUAACAAGGCAACCCACUACUAAUUAUUCUCCAGUAGAAGGUGGUGAUAAGUUGUAUAAGCCAGGGAUUAUCACAUGACACAGUUAAUUAACACAAUUAUUCUCUAUCAGUUUUCCAAAUACAGAAAUGCAGAAUGUCCACAGAAUUUCAUGCUAAUACAAAAAGAUUGGAUACUGUUGGGCGUGUGGA